AGUUACCUUUUCUGUCAUUGAACCAUUGUAAAGCUUUUAACCAAAACCAGACAUCUCAGGCCCUUUUUCCGCUCUUAUUUCUUGUCCAGGAAUUUCAACUGAUAUCCCUGAGGCUGGACUCAUUUCCUGAUUCACAUGGGUUCCCGCAGCCGCAGACCCAGCACGGGCACCCCUUUGCAUGGAGUUAUGCAUGUGUCAUUGCCGUAUGAAGUCUGUUUCGCUGAAAAAAGCACAUCCUGCACCUGGCAGGGCCUUCCCCAUUGCUGUGGGGUAAAGGAAGCAGAAGGAUCCACCCCCAGAAGAAUGCCACCCCUGAUGAAAUUUCAGCUUCGUAGCGGGUUGAACAUCCUCUUGUUGGAGACUGCCUCCCUCACCCAGCAGCCCGUGGUUUCCUGCGGUAAGGAUUGCCUCCUGCAAGCGUGGUACGUUUCCCCCGUGCGGCGUGUGCUCUGAAAGCUGGGACAACACCGUCCCGGAGGCUGAAUCUGCAUUUCCAGUGGGCAGCUUGUUCAGAUUCUUCACUUGCAAGGACAUGUGUACUGGCUAGAAGCAAGGUAUCGCCUGCAGGGCUGAGAAUGAUGGUUUCAGAUGGAUCAAAUUCCAAACUGGAAGACACACCCUCCCAACAACUGCGCAGAGAAGAAUCUUUCCAGAAUUUCAGCAUCUCCCAACAGCUAUUGACUUGUUUAUGUUGCCUUACACAGGAACACACGGAGCUCAUAGUCCAAAUCAGAUAGUGAUUUUAUAAACCGCUGUGUUCCAUAUGCCUCCGUUCUCAUCUGGCUUUGGUUUUCCAAAGCACUUCUAGACCAGAAAGACAUUCAGAUGUCCUCAACGAUGAGAUCAGGUUUUAGCCUUGUUAAUUCCCAUGAAACCUAGCGUAGGUUGUAAAUGAGCUAGCCAAGCACUGAGGGAAGAUUCCGCCCUUCAAAGUUAGAGACACCAUUGUUUCAUCCAGCGCCACUGAAAUGCCACCGCCUCUGCCAUCGAGCUGACGCGUAACUGCCAGCCAUCGCACGCAGCGCUCACGGUGCGCUAGCGCUCUACACAGAAGAGUUCGGGCCUUGGAUAUCUGAAUGAGAAGAAAAAUGUGAUCCAUACAAUCAGACACUCGGGAGAAAAAUAUGAGUGUGACACAAUUCAUCUCUUCUGAAUAAAUGAAGAAAGUGACUAUGAAAGCACAGCAUCUGCCUUCUGUUUCCAUCAAUGAGGAGAAGUUCAUAACCAGGGAGCAGCUCACUUCUCUUCUGAAGACUUACAACUCCUACUAUUCUGAUCAAGAAAAUCUCCAACUGACACACAAUCAGCGAGAAGGAAGCAAACCAUUUAUUGAAGGAAUCUUGUCAAUAUUUUGGGGAGUCCGGCAUCCUAUCCGAUUAAAAAUUCAGGAUGAGAAGCAGAUACCCUCUUUUGUAACCCUGAAGUCAACAGAGAACGUGGGUUUGUUCCCUGGCAAAAGGGGAAUGACGCGCUGGGGAGAAUUUGAUGACCUACAUCAUAUUAGUGGGGAGACACUGAAAUCUACUGAAGAAAAGCCAGACCUCGAGAAAGGUCAUUCAUGUUACGAGAGCUGCACUCUGAAGCCUGUCAGCGAGCAGGACCACAACUGCGCUACCCUGCCACGGGCCGGCAGCCGCGCCGCGGACGUGCCCAAGGGGACCAGGCUGCGCAUGAUAGCCAGGACAGAAGUGGAAACUCACAGGUUUUCGAUUAAUGGCCACUUCUACAACUACGAGACAUCAGUUUUUACUCCAGCUUUUGGAUCCGAAACCAAAAUAAGAAUAAACAGCCAGAUGAGAACGAGACAAGUGAUAGAACAAUUGCUUCGGAAGUUUAAGAUAGAGAACAGCCCACACGAAUUUGCACUCUACAUUAUCCACGCCUCCGGAGAAAAGAAGCAGCUGAGGAGUGGAGACGUUCCCUUACUGCACAGGCUCUUGCAGGGGCCCUCGGAGAAGGUUGCCAAGUUUUUUCUGAUGGACAGGGAUGUGGAAGAGAUUAGCAGUGAUGUUGCUCAGUAUAUUCAAUUUCAUCUUCCCUUUUUGGAGUCAAUUCUGCACAGAAUAAAUGAAGAAGAAGAACAGGAGAUUCAACAGACAAUUGCAAGGUACCUGAAAGAGAAGAGUUUGAUAUGCCAGCACCUUCGGAGCCGAACCGUUAAGAAAACAGAGACGACAGUUUGAUGAGAAGGGGCUGCUGCGAAUACCCCGCUGCCCGCCUUGGCCCAAGGGAGGUCGGGACGUUUGCUUGAAGGUGCCAGGACUGGAGAGCGCAUAAAGCCCGGGGGGGUUCAAAGAGCUGAAGUUUCUCAUGAUAAUUACACAGCCCAAGCUGAACCCACUCCUCUCCAGCCCUUGGAAUCCAAGCUGGGCACCACCUACGGAAAGGCACCGGAUCCCUCAAAAGACAGAUGCUGAAUCUUGCUUGAAACUUAGGAUAGGGAAAAAAAACCACCUGUGAAGAGCACAAGGCUUUAAAACCUACAAAUUUACAAACUAUGACCAAAAGUCUAGCAUAUAAGAAAAAUAUUGCAAUAACCAAUGUGUUAAUCAUUCAGAAAAUACUAAAAUUAAGUAUAUGGUUUUCCUUCUAUUAGAGAAAUGUUGAAUUCUAUUAGGAGGAAGCUCUUCAGUAGAGGUAAGUGGCAAGAAGUAUUUCUGUAUCUAAGAUUGUAGUUAGGCCUAUCACUUACCUUAAAUACCUGUGCGAGACACCUGAAAUCUCACUGGCUCCGCAUUGCUCGGCGCCCAGCUUCCUUCGGCUUUGAGCUAGCGUUAGAAAAAUGUGAAUGGAAACCCUCCCGCGUCACAGCUACUCAGCGCUGCAACGUGCGAGGGGAUCUUGCUCCGAAAUACCUCCGGAGCUACGGAGUCAGAGCUCUCACUAAAUCCUGCUGCGUCUGCUCGAGUGGGUCCUGGGAGACACCUGGGCACUGGUGAUUGUUGGAGGAAUGAUUUGGUGUUGUUUCCUGCAGUUUCUGUGUGCAGAGGGAAAUGAGGAGUGUCCAGCGAGGGCUGGAGCAUCGCAGCCCCGGCGGGGCCGGGCUGGCCCUUCCCGCGGGGGCUGUUUUGGGACAGUGGCCCCAGCACAGCGUGCAGUAGCCACCUGUUGGGUCCUGUCUGCUUCAGGCCUGCUGAAUAUUGAAGCUCAAAUUGUAGAGAUGUAAAUAAAAUCCAAAUCGUGCACUAUUA